AUGCAGGAUCGCAUCAAUCAGCUGGAGAGUCUAGUUCUGGAACUCAUGCACCAGACCGAGUCAAGACCUCGUGAAUCAUCAUUCGAAGACCUCCAACACAUGACACCUGAUCAACGCGCACGGAGUAACCGAUUCGAUCCACGCGAAAAUUUGGAGCGAGCCACCGUGGUGGGAUACGAAACGCAGCAUGAUGUCUCGCCGUCCCCAUCAGACUAUGGUAGCUUCAGGACUCCAGAGACAGGUGUCAAUUAUGUUAGUAGCUCGCAUUGGGCUGCGGUGCUGGAUAGUAUUACCGAUCUACGGAAUCAUAUCGCACGGGAUGAGGAGGCUCACCCGCGGAUGUUGGAUCCUGUCCAGCCACCGGCAAGCUUCCCCAAACCCCAAUUGCUCUACAGCUGUGCAAUGCAUGAAACCUCUGCCUCGAUUCUCAAAUCUCUUCCUCCUCGCCCUACUGUUGACAGAUUAAUUUCCCGUUACUUCAACGUCCUCGACAUAGCCCCUGGCAUUGUGCACAGUGGCAAAUUUCUCCGAGAGCUCCAGCAGGCCUUUGCCAGUACCGAAGGGUCCUCUCCUACACUCGGACACUCAGGAAAGACAUCACGGGUUGGAGAUAGCCAAGCGUUGGCAGAGACGUACAAAGAGAAGGCCAUACAGUGCCUCCUCCUGGGUCAUUACACAAAGGGUGGACCGUACGUCUUGGAGACACUGAUUCUCUACUUCCUGAUCGAGAAUUUCCACCUCAAAGACAUGGAAAUUGGUAUCUGGGUCCUGGUGGGCAACAUAGUACAGAUUGCCAUACACAUGGGCUAUCACCGCGAUGCGAAACAUUUCCCAUCCAUUUCCCCCUUCGCCGGUGAGAUGAGGAGGCGUGUCUGGGCAAUGAUCGUCCAGUUGGAUUUUAGCGUCUCCACGCAGUUGGGGCUUCCCAGGCUGGUCAAAGAAAGUGACACCGAUACUGCCGAGCCACGGAACCUGAACGAUUCAGACUUUGAUGAGGAUAUUUCCACAUUGCCCGUUUCUAAGCCGGAGACCGAGGUGACACCUACCCUCUACGUCCUGGCCAAGCUACGGCUGCUCUCAGUAGGAGCCAAGGUCGCUGAUGUGGCCACGGAGCCCCACCCACAUUCAUACGCCGAGAUCCUGAAGCUUGACCAACGAAUUAACGAGGCUAGGGACAAGAUUCCAUCUAGUCUGAAGUGGACUGGCCUUGCAUCAUCCCUCAAUGUUCCAUCUCAGAUCAUGAUUCAAAGAAUCUGGCUGGAAGUGAUCAUCCAGCAAUUGAAGAUUAUCUUGCACAGGAAGUUCCUAGAGCCCUCUCGCCUUCACCAGCAAUAUGACCGCUCACGCUCAGCAUGCUUGGAUGCUGCGAUGCAGAUUUUAGAAUUGCAGCGUCUUGUUGACGAAGAGACUUCGGCAGAUGGCCUGUUAUACCAAAGCCGCUGGAGAGUUUCUUCUGCUUUCAUAAACGACUUCCUUCUAGCCACGAGUGUGCUUUGCUUCUAUGUUCAAACACAUAAUAAGGAACAGGACACAAACCUUGACAAUUCAAGAGACUCUGAAGUUGAGCUAGACAUGGACAGAAUCAGAUCUCUCUUAAGAACAUCCCAGUCCAUCUGGUGUCGGCAAUGUGCCAGCUCAAGAGAGGCUCGAAAAGCCGUCGCGGCCCUUAAUUACGUUCUAGAUGACUCUCGGGUAAGGGCUGAGCUCCAUACAUCGGAAGAGGCAUCGCCCUCUGCUGUUCCGGCCACAGCCGUCUCUUACUUUCCAGGCUACUCGGACUUCACAUCGAACUACGAUCUUUCCAGUAUGGCCCUGGGAUCUACAAUGGAAGGAAUGACAUGGCCCAUAUUCACGGCAAACCUGAACAAUGAUGUCGAGCAGUGGCUUGGAGGAACUGGCUCCCAACAUAUGGAUAUGACAUUGUGA